GCGGGCGCUUCCUUAGUUGAGGCGGCUGGUGGGCUGUUUGCCUGGUCUGGCGCCGAGCAUGGCGGAGGCGGCGCUGCCAAGCUCAGGUAUGUUAAAUCCAGAUGCAACUGACUUCAUUCCAAGAGAGAGGAAAAACUUCAAUCUAAACUGGAACAGUCAAUCCAGAUUAGAAUUGGAUCGGGAUUCAAGCAGAAAUGUUAUACCACCUCCUGUUCAAUCUAGGCACAGUAAAUAUGAAGGAUCUUCUGCAGAUCAGCGUAUUUUUUACAGUCCAGAGAACCAGCGUAGAUAUCCGCCAGAUCCGUCACUGUUCAACAGUAUGGGUAAAACUAAGGGCCGCAACUUACAUAGCCAACGAUGGCAGAGAUCAAGGAAUGAUAGAACACAUAGCAAAAACCAGGUAAAGCAAACGACUGCAGGUUGUUCAGAAAAUCUUGCAUGUUUAGAUACCAGAUUGGUUCCAGGACGGAGGAUGAAUCCUAGAGAAUACAGUGAUUUCUCUUCAGACAGUGAAAAAGAAGCUGCUACUGCAGAUAACAGAGGAGCAAAGCCGAAGAAGACAUAUUUGAUGCAUUCACGUGGAAGAGGAUUGAAAGAAAAGGAGAAACAUCCACCUGAAAGGGAUAAAAGAAUUCCCUCUAAAUGGAAGGACAAGGCCUUUGAAAACAUACCAGCAGUAGAUCUGACUCAGUCAGACUCUUCUGAAACAUCUUUUGGAAAAGCAGCAUCUGAUGGCUUUUCUGACAAUAGCAUUGCAAGGAAAAAGUACCCUUUUGCGAAUAGAUACUUUAGAGAGCCUGUGUGGAAUAAAGAGACUGGCAAAAGGCAAGAUACGUCCAGGAGUAAAAAUACAAAACAUGUUAAGAAUGCAUCCCUUCCACAUCCUCCGAAAGAACGCAAUAGUGAGAAGAGGAAAGAAUCUGUGCUGCAUGAAAGAGGUCCAAACUUUGUGAGUGUGACACAGACACAGACAUUGUCCGAAGCAGCUAAACGUGAUGGGAGAAAACCCCUCCUUCAAGAGGGAUGUAAAAGCAGGCGCUGGAAAAAGCAAAAUGAUGCACCAAAGAGCAAAGAAACUCAUACAGGGUCUCUGAUAGAGCAGCUUACCUCAGAAAAAUAUGAAUGUAUGGUAUGUUGUGAGGUGAUCCGCGUGGUGGCCCCAGUGUGGAGCUGUCAAAACUGCUACCAUGUAUUUCACUUGAGCUGUAUUAAGAAGUGGGCAAGAUCUCCAGCAGCACAGACUGAAGAUGGCAACUGUGGUUGGCGAUGCCCUGCUUGCCAAAAUGUGUCCCCCCAAGUUCCUAAUAUUUAUACCUGUUUCUGUGGUAGGGUAAAAAAUCCUGAGUGGAACAGAAAUGAAAUUCCACAUAGUUGUGGAGAGCUAUGUAGAAAACGAAGAUCAGCUCAAAACUGUCCUCAUUUAUGUAACAUUCUCUGUCAUCCAGGACCUUGCCCAUCAUGUCCUGCCUUUAUGACCAAAAAAUGUGAAUGUGGACGCACAAGCCAUUCAGUUCGCUGUGGACAUUCUACUGCAAUACAGUGUACUAAUAUAUGUGGGAAUGUUUUGAAUUGUGGUAAACAUAACUGUGCCCAAAUAUGUCAUUCUGGAAAAUGCGAGCCAUGUGAAUUGACUGUAAAACAAGAGUGUUACUGUGGGAGCACGUCUCGGGAAGUGUUGUGUGGAUCAAGCGAGGAGCAUUUUUCCUGUCUAAGAACUUGUGGCAAGAAAUUAUCCUGUGGAAUGCACAGCUGUGCGCAAGUAUGCCAUCCCCAGCUAUGCCAACCCUGCCCACGGCUUCCAGAAAUAGUGCAUUGUUGCCCUUGUGGACAGACACCUCUUAGUAAAUUAUUAGAGCUGGGUUGUACAGAACGUAAACUCUGCACAGAUCCCAUCCCAUCGUGUGGAAGAACAUGUGGCAAACCUCUACCUUGUAGCAGCUAUGAUGCUGUUCAUACAUGUGAAAAUCUCUGCCACGAAGGAGAAUGUGGGCUGUGUUCUCGCACAUCAAAGGUUUCCUGUAGAUGUGCUUUAAAAACAAAGGAAGUUCCCUGUGCUUCUCUCAAAAAUCAAGUAGACGUUGCAUUCUUGUGUGAAAAGCGAUGUAACAAGAAACUGUCAUGUGGAAGACACAAGUGUAAUGAAAUCUGUUGCGUGGAUAAGGAACACAGGUGCUCUUUGAUUUGCGGACGCAAACUCAAUUGUGAUAUUCAUAGAUGCGAAGAACCUUGUCACCGUGGCAACUGUCAGAAGUGUUGGCAGACCAGUUUUGAGGAAUUAACUUGUUACUGUGGUGAAUCAGUGAUUUAUCCCCCAAUCCCCUGUGGUACUCGGCCACCAGAAUGUAAAAAUUCAUGUACCAGACCUCAUGAAUGUGAUCAUCCAGUAUAUCAUUCCUGUCAUAGUGAGGAGAAGUGUCCACCAUGUACAUACCUCGUUCAGAAAUGGUGUAUGGGAAGGCAUGAAUUGCGGAACAAUAUUCCCUGUUACCUCACUGAUAUCUCCUGUGGUCUUCCCUGUGAUCGAAUGUUAAAAUGUGGAAUGCACAAAUGUAAAAGGAUCUGCCACAAGGGGGAAUGCCUCAUAGAUGAAGAGUGCAGGCAGCCAUGUACUAUUCUUAGACUUCACUGUAAUCAUCCAUGUACGUCUCCAUGCCAUCCAUCUUUACCCUGUCCUACAACAUCUUGCAAUUCAAAGGUUGAACUUCAGUGUGAAUGUGGAAGAAGAAAGGAGACUAUGAUUUGUUCAGAAGCAUCAAGCACUUAUCAUAGAAUAGCUGCUAUUUCUAUAGCUUCUAAGUUAACAGAUCCACAGCUUGGAGAUUCAGUAGAGAUCAGCAGAUUGAUUACCAAAAAGGAAAUGAAGCAAACCAGGCUGCAGUGCGAUGAAGAAUGUUUGGCUCUUGAAAGAAACAGGCGGUUUGCUGAGGCUCUUCAUAUCGACGACAAUUCUGAUCCUUUUAAUGCUCGUGCCUCUGCACCCAAGUACAGUGAUAUCUUGAAAGAAGAUGGAAGAAAAGAUUUAAAGUUUGUCAGUGAAAUUGAGAAAGAAAUGAAAGCUCUCAUAGAAGCAGUCAAUAAGAGCAAGCAUACAAAGAAGAGUCAUUGUUUCCCACCCAUGAACAGAGAACAUCGCCGAAUCAUCCAUGAGCUUGCUCAGGCUUAUGGCAUUGAGAGUGUGAGCUAUGAUAACGAACCAAAGCGCAAUGUUGUUAUCAGUGCGGUGAAAGGGAAGUCAGUUUGCCCAACAGUUACUCUGACAUCGUUACUUACCAAGGAGAGGCAGACUAGGCCUCCACCGCCUAUUCCUCACCACAAACAAACAGAUAAGCAUGGGAAUAGCCACUCUGAGAGAGGAUUCAAAGAAGAGCCUGUGAUUGACUACUUUGAUGUACAGGAUUGAAGAGAUGAAUGUGGAAUUAUGCUGUUUGAAAGUGGAAGUUACUGGUGUGUCCAAAUUACAUUCUAUUGGUGUACUGAAAGUUCAUCAUGGAAACUGCAGAUGAAAAUAAAUUGUUCAUGACACAACAACAUUCUAUGUGUUGAGAUAAAACUGGGCGGGUUUGCAUUAUCACGUCAUGACAACCCGCAUCUGGCGAGGGUAAUUGUGCUAAUUAGGCAGCUUGCAAACCACCCAGUGUGGGAAGGGAAAAUUAGCCACUACAUCUUAUUUUCCUUCCGUGAUCGUGUAAACCCAGUCUGUAUAAAUGAUUUUGGGUGGAUGAGCAUAUUUGCGAAUAGAAGGUGGUGAGAAUUGUAUGCGUGCGUCCAUAGCCAGCUUCUGAUAUAAUUCAAAACUGCAAACAAUUUUUACAUGUGGGAGGUCUAACACAUUCUUACCUGGAUUAUACACUUUUUGAUGAAACAACGGCCCUUCUCAGGCACUCGCCACUUACGAUUGACGUAGGGUGCGUACAUUACACACACAGCCCCCUCAUAAUUUAGCACCCUGAUUUUAUAUGUAGAGCAGGCUCUCCACUUCAGACCUUUCUCCCCACCCACCACCACCCCGGUGAGGACACAGGGGCAGGGCCAUCUAUCUUUCCACACAAUCACAUGAGGGAAGAAUACCUCAAAGGUGCUGGUGUUAUUACUUUCAGUUGAAAGAAACAUGUAAUUGAUUUAUUAUUAGGGAAAUGUAAAUGAGUUCAGAUUAUAUGAUGGAUCUAGAUGAAAUGAUCAAAAUCAAUGUUUAAAUCAUAAAGUGUUACAAGACAUAAUUCCUUAACAGUUUCAAUCUGUUACAGUUUGUCAACGAUAAGAACUGAAGCAGCAGUGAGUUCGUACUCACAGUUUGUUUCUAAACUAAUCCCAGAUAUUUCCACGUGGUGAAUGCAUAUGUUCAGGAGAAUUUUCAGCUUGUCAAUCUAUAGAUCCUUUUUUUAUGGAAGUUAGUUUCUCCUUUACUUAGGAUAGUGUAUAGAAUUAUGCUUAGCUUGCAGCGGUCAAAAAUAAACUGCACUUAACAUCAGUUCUUCUUAUAGUACAAGAAGAAAUUGUGGUCAGGGAGCCACUGAAUAUGGCUGUUGCCCUUGAAAUGAAAUAUAAAGGCCUUUUUUUGCCAACAUUGUCCUGUUCCUUCGAACCCUUCGUGCUGUAUGAAGCAGGCAUAUACAUACCAUCCUCUGUUUCACCUUCUUUUGGGAAACCUCUAAUGUUAAAAUUCACAAUUCUAUUAAUGCCAGUGUUUACACUGGGGUACCAUAUCUGGCUUGUGAAUACACACAAAUGUAAAUUCUUGGUGACUUGAAUUGGGAGUGACUCGAAUGGGAUUUUUUAUGUUAAAAAUCUACAAUCCUAAAAGAAUUUUAAAGGUGCUGUACACAGAGGUGUGGGAUGACAGUGGUCUGUAAUAGAUUUACACCUAAUAUUCUACACUUUGAAGAGUGGUUUACCUGCUGUCCAUGUACACAUUAUUGUAACUAGCCCAUGACAAUGUAGCCUAGUAUCAGAGGGAAUAGGGAAUUUUAUUUCAUAGACCACAGACAAAUACUUGGAUUUAUGAUCAAAAUGUCUAAACAUUGCGCACGUUUGUGCCUUUUCCAAAUAUACCCAAGAGGGAAGCCAUUCCCUUUUCUAUACAUGUAAGUGAAUCUGUGCCACUGUUACUGCAACCCAAGAGUUGGUUUUCUGCGUGGUAAUGUCUUUUGCUCACACAAAACAGUUCUCAUGCCCCCUUUACAUAGACAUCAAUUUUUAUUAGAUUAUAUGGCUGCCUAUCAACAAAUAUUUCCUGAGUGGCUUACAGGCAUAUGCACAAAGGAGGAAGCUGUAUGUUCGGGUAAGACAACAAAUACAUGCCAGUAUAGAGUGAAUCCAUCAGAUCCCAUGUAGAUGUGGGAUCUAUGCUCAUCCAACCAAAUAAUAGAUGCACAUUUCUAUCCAUCUUUUCUAGAUAAGGUUUUCAUGUCCUUAUAAGUUGAUGGGUUCUACUGCAAGUGGUGCUAAUUAGGAAGAACACCUUUUUGUGUGUGAACUCUCUUGUUCAGGUCUCAUGAAUGGAGAAACAUUUAUUCAUUUUUAAUGCUUUAGUGGUUUUCAUUUAUGUGGUUUGUAGUUUUAAAGUGAUUGGUUCUGCUGUUGCUUGAUGAAAAGUGCCAUGUAAACAUUAAGGAAUUAAACUGGUAUUUCUCUUUGCUGGUUUUGCACAAUCUUGAUAUGUCUUUUAUGGAGAUGAACUGUCAGCUGUUUGAAAUUUCAAUUUUCAUUCACUUACAAUUUGUUUUUUGCAUUUUUGGUAACAAUUGAGAGAAAGAUGGCUGUUUGCAAUAAAUCUUGCAGAAGAGAACAAUUUGCAAUUAUGAACAAGGCAAUUUGGUAUAGGUGGAGGUGGAAUUUCAGGACAGAGACUUAGUAAUAAUUACAUAUAUCUCAAACUGCUUGGAUUACUCAGUGCUCUAUGUGCAUCAAUUUGUGUGUAAUAUAAAAUUGUGAAAAUCACCAUGGAAACCAUUCUUAAUGCCAUUUUUCAUGAUGUACUUCAUGAUGAAAGUUAAAGAAUAUUGAUUUAUGAUUGGUUUUUAAUAACUUAUUUGUUGAAUGUUCAAAUACACACGCGUGACCUGCUUGCUUUCAAGUUCAAUGGUGUAAUAAAUAACUUACUUUAUAAACCUGUAAUAUAAAUCUGUAAUAAAGUUCAAAAGUUUAAA